AGCCGAAUACACAGAAUAUUUGAAUUCAAAUGUACCGUUGAGGCAAAGUGGCUCUUUAAUUAGAUUGUGAAACUUAAACGGUAGAAGAAUUUAAAAUCUAAGUUUGUACAUAUUCUCCAGAAAAUGGAUAUUUGCGGAAUAACUGAUUAAGCCUUAAUUAUCCCUUCUCUCCCUCCCUCCCUUCCUCUCUCUCUCCUUUUCGCACUUUCCUUCUCUCCCUCUCGCUCUCUCCCUCCCUCCCUCUCUCUGGCUGAUCCCAUGGAUUGCACUGAUAUCAUACCCUUUAUAUCACCUCCUGACUGCUCACUUUCAUGUCCGUCAGAGCCUUGAGCAAUUCCAGACAUGUCUGCUCAUACGUUUUCCUUUGUACACAUUUUCUUCAACGUCUUGAAGCUAGUGCUGGUAAGACUGCAGACCACAUGCUAGUGAUGACUCCAAAACAAAUUCUUACUGAAUGAAGGGCGGAUAUUCUUAACAUUGGAUUCCAAACUGACUAGAGUUCCCACUGGAGAAAAGCAGCUGUUUCUUCCUGUUUUGUCACUCCAUGCUGGACUCCUGCCCUGUCCUGUCUGCCUACCUGUGUAUGCAGCUCACCGGAGGCCAUUGUGAAGUUGGAAAAUUCCUACCUUUUAUUAUAUCAUCAAGGAGAUAUUUGGAGGAGAGCCAAUCCUUUCAAUUACAAAAAAUAAAGAAUGGAAUAUUGUUGGAAAACAGAUCCAAAUUCCAGUGAAUCACAUGAAGAACAGCAUGAGCACGAAGAAUUUCACUCUGCAAAUCAACCCCUUUUUCCCAGGCAAGUCAGUGUGGGUUUUGAUCAGCUAGUAGAUGAGAUCAGUAAUGAAAUUCCAUUCUAUCAGAGUGAAAUGGAAGAAAACACCAUUUUUGUGCCCAGUGCACCAAGCAGGGACUCAAAAAGGCAUUCACUUGAUAAAAUACAUCAAAUAUCAUUGAAUGAAUUCACUUCUAAAAGUUCAGAACUCUCCUAUCACCAAAUUAGGAAAUCACCAGUAAUUGGUUUUAGGAAUUCUGUGCUACCAAAUCCUCAAAACGUGAAUACAGAAACCUCUAGUGGGAAACCCAUAAGAAAAGACCAUGAUGCUGAGAAUUACAGAUUCAGUAUUUUAAUUCCAUCAUCAACUCAUUUGGAUAAAAUUAAUUCAUGGAGAGAAUUAGAAAAUGAAAAUCCUAACUAUCAUAUAGGAUUUGAAAGUAUCAUUCCUCCUGCAUAUCCAUCCUUCUCAACUGACUUCAUGCCAAAAGAAGACAGUGAAAAGAGUAGAAAUAGGAACAUUGUGGAACCUUCUCUGAUGUUUUUAAAAGGUUCUUUUCUACCCAGAACAUGGGAAAGUACCUGGCCAAAGAACAAAGAGCUCAUAGGUUGUUUCAUUCAGCUAGUUGAAGUACCUCAAGGCAGUAAUAUGAGUCUGGCCUCCUUUUGCAACAAUGUAAAAAAAGUAAGAGAAGCAUAUCAUGCAGCUGACAUUAAUUCCAAUUCUGGGAAGAUCUGGAGCACCACGACAGCAUUUCCACAUCAGCUUUUUUCUAAUACUAAGUUUAGUAUAAAUAUUUUUACUGGGAACUCAACACAACUACUUCAUCUUAUGCCAUAUGCUAAUUAUCUUGCCAAAGACCUAAUCGCAGAAAUUCUACAUUUUGGUAGAAAUGACCAGUUAUUCCCCAAGGAUCAUCUUCUAAGUAUAUGUGGCUAUGAAGAAUUUUUACAGAAUGAUCAACCUUUGGGGAGCCACAAAAUAUUUCAGAAAUAUAAAUCGGUUAUUCAGCUUAAGCUGCAUAAUAAUGGAGAUGUUCCAGGGAAGUUAUCUCGAAAGCAUGAAGAUGACCACAGUCAGUUUUAUCUGAACCAACUUCUAGAAUUUAUGCACAUUUGGAAAGUAUCCAGACAGUGCCUCUCAACAGUAAUAAAAAAAUAUGAAUUUCACCUGAAAUACUUACUGAAAACCCAGAAAGAUGCAGAGGAGCAAGGUUUGACACCAGUGUCUUCCAACGUUCAAAAUAGUUUUAAGCAAAAUGUGGAUAAAAUUAUUGAAGAAGUUAAAAAUAUAUGCAGUGUUCUAGGGUGUGUGGAGACCAAACAAAUUACAGAUGCUGUAAAUGAAUUAAAUCUACUUCUUCAGAGAAAAGUAGAGAAUUUUCAUCAAAAUUCAGAGACUUCAGCAAAAGGCUUGAUAGACAAAGUCACAGCUGAACUGUCCACAUCCAUCUACCAGCUAAUUGAUGUCUACUGCAGCAGCUUUCAUGCAGAUUUCCAGCCCCUAAAUGCACCUGAAAGGAUUUCCCGUGUAAAUCCUGGGCUCUAUUCCCACCUUAACUUCACAGUGUAUGCAGUUCACAACAUUCCAGAGAACUGGGUAUACAGCUAUAAAGCAUUUUCUUUUUCCUGUUGGCUUACAUAUGCUGGAAAGAAGCUUUGCCAAGUAAGAAACUUCAGAAAUAUUCCAGCAAAAAAAUCAUUUUUUUUCUUGGUCAACUGGAAUGAAACGGUCACUUUUCCACUUGAAAUAAAGUCACUGCCAAGGGAAUCCAUGCUCACUAUAAAACUAUUUGGGAUUAUUUGUGCAACCAGUAAUGCAGAUUUAUUGGCCUGGACUUGUCUUCCAUUGUUUCCAAAAGACAAAGCCAUUCUUGGGUCUAUGCUAUUCGGUAUGACCUUACAGAGUGAACCCCCCAUAGAAAUGAUAGCUCCAGGAGUGUGGGAUAUAAGUCAGCCAUCCCCAGCGACCCUGCAGAUUGAUUUUCCAGCUAUUGAGUGGGAGCAUAUGAAACUUGAUUCUGAAGAGAAUAGAAGUAAUCUUGAAAAACCACCAAAAGAGUGUUUAAAACAUAUUGCCAGACUUUCACAGAAGCAUUCGCCUUUAUUACUCUCUGAGGAAAAGAGAAGAUACUUAUGGUUUUAUCGCUUCUACUGCAAUAAUGAAAACUGCUCCCUUCCUUUAGUCCUGGGUAGUGCCCCUGGAUGGGAUGAAAGAACUGUUUCAGAAAUGCAUACCAUUUUGAGAAGAUGGAAAUUUUCUCACCCUUUGGAGGCACUUGGACUUUUGACUUCCAGUUUUCCAGAUCAAGAAAUGCGUAAAGUGGCAGUUCAACAGUUAGACAACCUCUCGAAUGAUGAACUACUGGAGUAUCUCCCGCAACUAGUCCAGGCUGUCAAGUUUGAAUGGAACCUUGAAAGUCCUCUGGUGCAGCUCCUAUUACACCGCUCACUGCAAAGCAUCCAGAUUGCCCAUCGUCUUUACUGGCUGCUAAAGGAUGCACAGAAUGAAGCUUAUUUUAAAAGCUGGUAUCAAAAGCUAUUGGCCGCUCUCCAGUUCUGUACAGGAAAAGCCUUGAGUGAUGAGUUUUCCAAGGAGAAGAAACUAAUCGAAAUUCUGGAAGACAUUGGGGAAAAAGUCAAGUCUGCCAGUGACCCUCAAAGACAGGAGGUACUGAUGAAAGAGAUUGGAAGACUGGAAGAAUUCUUUCAGCAUAUAAAUACCUGUCACCUUCCUGUGAACCCUGCCCUAUGUAUAAAGGGGAUUGAUCGCAAGGCAUGUUCAUAUUUCACAUCGAAUGCUUUGCCAUUGAAGAUCACUUUCAUCAAUGCCAACCCAAUGGGCAAAAACAUUAGUGUCAUUUUCAAGGCCGGAGAUGAUCUUCGUCAGGAUAUGUUUGUUCUGCAGAUUAUUCAAGUGAUGGACAAUAUUUGGCUGCAGGAGGGCCUGGAUAUGCAAAUGAUCAUUUAUGCAUGUCUAUCCACAGGAAAAGGCCAAGGAUUGGUACAGAUGGUGCCCGAUGCUGUCACCCUAGGUAAGGUCCAUCGCCACUCUGGACUGAUAGGACCGCUGAGAGAAAAUACAAUCAAAAAGUGGUUCAGUGAGCACAACCAUUUGAAGGAGGAUUAUGAGAAGGCCUUGAGGAAUUUUUUCUAUUCCUGUGCUGGCUGGUGUGUGGUAACAUUCAUCCUGGGAGUCUGUGACCGACAUAACGACAAUAUCAUGCUGACAAAGUCAGGCCACAUGUUUCAUAUUGACUACGGAAAAUUCUUAGGUCACGCUCAAACGUUUGGAGGGAUAAAGAGAGACCGAGCCCCUUUUAUUUUUACUUCAGAGAUGGAGAACUUUAUUACAGAGGGUGGCAAAAACCCACAGCAUUUCCAAGAUUUUGUGGAGCUUUGCUGUCGAGCUUAUAAUAUUGUCAGAAAGCACAGCCGACUGCUCUUGAACCUGCUAGAAAUGAUGCUACAUGCAGGAUUGCCUGAGCUGAGUGGGAUCCAAGACCUGAAAUAUGUGUAUAAUAAUCUUCGUCCACAAGACACUGACCUGGAAGCAACAAGUCAUUUUACCAAGAAAAUAAAGGAAAGUCUGGAAUGCUUCCCUGUUAAGUUAAAUAACUUGAUCCACACACUUGCACAAAUGACAGCCAUAAGUCCUGCCAAAUCUACUUCACAGACUUUUUCCCAGGAAUCCUGCGUGCUGAGUGCAAACAGGUCAAUUCGAAGAGCCACAAUUUUAGGGUUCAGCAAGAAAAGAAAUAAUCUGUAUCUGAUCCGGGUGACACACGGGGACAAUGAAACAAGCCUGACAGAAAAAUCGUUUGACCAGUUUUCAAAACUUCACAGCCAACUGCAGAAGCAGUUUGCAGCACUGCCUCUUCCAGAGUUUCCUCACUGGUGGCACUUACCUUUUACAAAUUCAGAUCAUAAAAGAUUCAGAGAUCUAAAUCAUUACAUGGAACAGAUAUUAAAUGGAUCAUUUGAAGUUGCAAAUAGUGAUCAUGUACUCAGGUUUUUUCUGUCUAAGCCUGUGCAAAAAACAAUUGAAGAAUCAUCACUUGUUGAUCUAGGUGAAAAGUUUCCUGACAAGAGGCCUAAGGUGCAGUUAGUCAUAUCAUGUGAGGAUGCGAAGCUGACCAUACUGGUGAAACACAUGCAAAAUAUUCAUCUCCCAGAUGGCUCUGCGCCCACUGCACAUGUUGAAUUUUAUCUUUUACCAUAUCCCAAUGAAGUUCGUAGGAGGAAAACAAAAUCUGUUCCAAAAUGUACUGACCCCACUUACAAUGAAAUUGUGGUAUAUGAUGAAGUCACAGAGCUUCAGGGACGUGUUUUAAUGCUUGUUGUGAAGAGCAAAACCACUUUUGUGGGAGCAAUUAACAUCCAACUCUGUAGUGUCCCACUCAAUGAAGAAAAAUGGUAUCCACUAGGAAACAGUAUAAUUUGACCAUUGUAACAAACAUAUGCAUUAUUCAUUAACUACUUAUAUAUUUUUUCACUUCUGGGGCUCUCUAUCACAAGAGCAGGACAUUUUUGUUGUCAAAGGUAGCAUAGUGUGCUAAGGACACAAGGAAAAGAAAUCUGGAUCAGUCUUCUAUAGCUACUUAUUUUCUAUCUGUAUUUUAUUUUCUUAGAAUCUCUUCUCCAUAAAUAGAGCACUGAAUGAUUGUGUAAAAUUCAGAAUGUAAAAUAAAAGGGCUUUUAAUUUGAAUUCAUCUUUUAAAUCAAACAUGCUCAAAUUUUGUUUUAAUUCUGUACCUACAGUAAAAACCAUUAUUUUAAUGCAUAUUCUAAGAAAAAUAACCAAAGCCAUCUCAUCAUCUAAUUCAAGACCUAAGUAUCUCUGUAACAGAUUUUUAAAAUUUGAAUUACAUAUAUAUGCCUAUAGGCUCACUUAUAAUCCUACUUAUUGGGAGUAUUGGUAAGCUCCAACACACUGCUAUCUUAUUCUCUAUGAGAAAAACAAAGUAUAAAUGCCUGAAAUCUUUAAAUCCAGUUUUCUGAAGAAACUUCUUUGUAGUUUUUCACACUCUCAAUACCAAUUCAUUAUCACUGGACUUCACCCAACCAGAGACAUGAUCACAUUUUAAACUUCAUUAUCGCCUAACUCUAACAUCUCAAACUCUGGAAUUCUCCCCUCUGAGCCAAACCUCUUCUCUCUGUACAUGAAGAAUGUUCCUUACUUCUGAAUGUACUUUCACAUUCACCAUGACCUGAAUAAACAGUCCCACAGAAUUUCACCUGCAAAGUAACUACAAGUCCAGGCACUGCUACAAUCCUUAAGAGAAUCAAACAGGAUAUUUUUUAAAAUCCAUGCCAUUUAAACUACUUUAAAAAAAUUUGUAACCUUGCUUUAUUCAAUGUU